GUCGGGGGGAAUCAGUCGAGCCGCGUCCGCCGCACGUAGUGGCCGUGUUGUGUGUGAACGUAACGUCGGAACCGGCCCGAAUGCCGGGGAACCAGUCGAAGCGAUGGCGGUCCGCGGCGUGAGAGCUGCGCUAUGUUGAAGCAUGCACAGCGGCCGCCUGCGGCGAAUGAUGCCGACCACCGCUACCAGAACAUGCCGCGGCGGCCGCACCACCACCUCCCGCUCAAUGUCUCCACUCUGGACUCCUCCAAACACUCUGUUGGAGGCACAUCGGCCAGCGUCAGUCCUGGAGCCCAGUCGCCUACUACCGUCGCCCCCAUGCCUGUAGUAACACCUGUACCGGUCGCAUCUCCCCCGAAACUUGCCAACGGAACGGCUACCGGUGUUCAACCCAGCAGGCCUGCUCUCACGCGGGCGAGGAGCACGCGGGCCGCAACCGAGGAAGCUUUGACAUCGUUAGCCUUACUGUGCCUCGUUAGUUUACUCUUGGCUUUACUAGCUUUACUUUUCCUACUGAAGAUAUCCGCGCCCGCGACAAGUGCUCCCGAGGAAUUCGCAGUGGUGUACGAAGUGACGUUAGCUUUGUGCGCGUUGACGCUAUCAUUGAACCUCUGCUGUCUGCUAGUGUGUGCUAUCCAGUUCCUGUUUGCGGUGAAGUUGGUGCACUCCCCCUCGGCACCUAACGGCCGGUCGAACAAAUAUUUGCAAAAAUCAGCAAUUACAAGAGUCUGCGCCGUUGGAGGCUUCUUUAUCUCAAUUCCGGUGUUUCUGACGGGUAUAAUACUCUACACCUUCAUCCAAUUCCACUCGACGCCAGCCAUCGUCACGUCCGUAUUCAUAGGCGUGGGGAUCGUAUUCUGCGGCUGCGCGAUGGUCCACAACGUGUUCGUAUGGCAGAAGGAGAAGACCAAUUUAGUGAAGGCAUUUCGAACACCGGACUUGAAUACGACUAAUAUGAACACAUCGAAUGGCAUGAUAAUGGGAAACGGGCACCUGAAUAAUACGGGCGGCAAUUUGAGCUUCCAUAGCAUGUCUGCGGCCCCGUAUACGCAUCCGAUAACGCUCUUGCAGCAAGGCGGACCUUACAUUAUUAGACCACCCACCAGCACUCCUCCAGGGGGAGCUGGCGAGGCCACACCGGGCGUGCCCGCCGCCACCGUCGACCUCAGCCACGACGCGCACGAGCUGAGCACCCUCGUUUGACCAGUCACGAGUAUCGAGGGUGAUACACUACAUUGUCAACUGAUACAAUUGAUACACUGUUUAAAUAAUUAAUAUUUUUGAGGAGUCAUAUAAAUUGUAUACACGUGUUGGAUACAAUCGAUUGACCCUCCCUACUAUUCCAUUAGUAGUUAUAUUCAAACAUUCUUUCUACAAUUAACACCUAUAACUAUUCAAGUUGGAUAUAUAAAUCAUCGAGAGGUCAUAUACUACAAUAUUUAUGAUUUUAAUGCUUCAUAAAUAUCGAUAAUAAUAAAAAAUAAGUUCGAUUCGAAUAAGUUCGUCGAACUCUUCAAAAUCGAUUUUUAAAAUAACGGUGAUAUUGUAAAGAAUAAAGGCAAUAAUGAUGGUGCCUUAGAAUAAAACAUUUUAACUGAAGUGUACAAAAAUAUUAAAUACUUGUAAAUUUUGAAAUCUACAAAACAUGACUUUUAAAGGGGUAUUUUUUUAAAUAAAAAUAAUUCUUUUUUACGAAACAUUAUUAUAAUGUAAUUGAUGAUAAGUAAACAACGAAAUUUGGAUAUUUAAAUAAAAAAUAAGUGUUUAAAAUAAAUAAAGGUCUAAAUUUUAUAUUAUAAACUCAAUUUCAACUGUAUUUGCUAUCAAUAUUAAUCUCCUGACUGAGAAAUGUUAAUAUAUAUACUUUUUUUUGUUAUGUAAUUUAAUAUAGCAGAAUACACAGAUAAUAAUUGAAUUGACUUAAAGAGGAUUAGUAAUUAAAAUCUUACUGUUGAAACAAGUAAGUCAGCUAUGUAUAAUUGUUAAAUUAUAAUAGUUCUUAUGACUUAUUGAAAUAAUCCUACACAUCUAUAGUACAUUUCAAUGAAUUUGUUAUCGUUUGAUACUUUAAAGAAAUAAAAAUAACGUUGGAGUAAAACAAAUAUUUAAACAUUUUUAAUUUCUUACAAAUAUGAUUGAAGUGAACUAUACGAUAUUUGUAAAUUUUGGUUAUAAAUGUAAAUAUUGUUUCUUAUUUUAUUUUAAAUAAUAAGACUCACAUUGCCAUGUUUUAUUAUUAUAAGUUUUAUUAAGUUUAAUCUUCUAUAUUUUAACGUACCUUGGCAUAACAAAUAAAAAAAAGAUAAUAUUUUUAAUUUUUAUAUCACCAAUUGUUUGGUAAAAGAUAUUCUGAAAUGUAAAAAUUUGCAAGAACAAUUAAUAUAUUCUAGUGUUUUGUUUUCCUAACUAUUGAAACUGGAUGGCUUGUGUCAUUAAAAGUAUAUUUAUAAUCUGUGUUAUUUUAAUGAGUGACAUUUUUAGUCUGUUUUUAUUGAACCCACCAAUCAGAAAUAAAAACACGAUUCAGAGUAUCAAAAUGUAUAUUUUGUACAUAGUUAAACAGAAACUGGAGGCAUAAUUUAAUUUAUUUUUAAUUGAUAACAACAUUUUCUAUUUUUUUUUCUAGUUUAUGUUAUGUGACUUAAAAAUAAACUUUAUUUAAAAACAAA